AUGAAAACCGUAAAGAGGAAUUGAUCCAUCAGACGAUAAAUGAAGUGACUAAAGGUCACAUGGAUGGCACAAAAGCAAAUGAGCAAGUGCAGAAGGUGGAAAAGGUCACCGGUGAUAAUAUGGCUACAGAGAAGCGAACAGAUAAAGAAAAGCCGCGAAAAUAUUACGAUGUUCGGACUAACGUUCCACACAGGAUUGAUAAGUUGAGCGAGAUACUGAAAGGUCACAGCAGACCAGCAAAAGGACAAGUGCUUCCCGAUAUGGAUCCGGGACCAGUAUCGCUUAUCCCUGUGAAAUGUAAGAUUCACACCUUGAAGAUUCAAAACGGAAAAUUGCCCAAAAGAAUUGAAGCAUACACACAUGAAGUGAAAGUGGGAGACAUAAAGGUCAACGCAAUGUUGGACACCGGCGCUGAGACGUCGCUGAUCAGCAAACCGUUUUGCGAGAAGAAUGGACUCCACAUGCUCCCAUUGCCACCUGACAGAUUGGUGAAAAUAAAUGGAAUUAGCGGAACGUCAGGAUUCCUGGUAACGCACUACUGUGUAGCACCAGUGACCUUACGAAAGAAGACAAGCGAACAUUCCUUCUACGUCCGACCGAAGUGCGACGACGUACAAGUGCUACUGGGAUUCGACUUCUUAGAGAAGAAGUUCGUACUGAUGGAUAAUGAAGGCGAAGAAGAGAAAGAAGAUGACCCCAAACCAGUCGCCAAGGUUCAAGUCGGAAAGGUCACCGAACUUGUAAAACAGACGGGAAACUCUCAAACGGUUAAUAAAACGCUAAUCCCAGUACCAGAGGCACCGGGAAACGAAAAGAAAAAGAUGACGCGAAAAGAAUUGUCACCAUUUGAGCAGUUGCAAAUGAUUCAGCAGGAGAUCGAAAAGACAUUAAAUCGGACCAUGCCGGCACAGAAGGGAAGAGAAAAGGUCAUCCCAGUACCAGAGGCACCGGGAAUGACAAAAGUGCAGCAGGAAGAAAUUAUCCCAGUACCAGAGGCACUGGAAACGAAAAAUGAAAAUGGAAAAGUCGGAAAAGUUAUCCCAGUACCAGAGGCACUGGGAAAGGAAGACGAAAGGUCACCAACGACAAGAGAUAAGAACUUGGAACCAGAGCGCAUUUCGAACCUUUUCGAACCACGAUCUGUUACCCAAAAUGAAAGGCUACCAGAUAAAGCCAAAGAGGAAGUAACAGAACGUGACUCUCAAAAGGAACCCUUUUUCGAACCGCGACCUGCUACCGAAAGGUCACCAACGAUUGAAGAGAUAAUUGCCACACAGAAAGAAGCGGCAGUUGCAGCGAAACAGUCUCUUGUGCCAGACAUGGAGUGGGCAAAGCCUAUCCCAGUACCAGAGGCACUGGAAAUAAAGACGGCUAAAGUGGCGAAGGAUAAAAAGAGUGAAAGAUUACGAGUUCUAAAACGGAUAGCCGAAGAGGAGCAGAUGUUCACAAGUGAAAUCCGCGAUAAGGCACUCGAACAAUUGAAAGGUCACCGAACAGAAAAAGAACCAGAGGUCAUUGAAAUAUCCUCUGAGGAUAAAAGCGUGACUCCAAUCGAAUGUGAGGAAGAUACCACAGUACAGGAACAGGUUAAACCUGAAGCGAGUCAAAGGACAUUAACUCCAGAAGAACGAGCCGGGAGUUGUCACCACGGUUACUUUGAGGAUCCGUGCAGAGUGCAACCACAAUGGGAAUGCGCGGAGUGUUGUGAAAAUGCCUCUCAAGAUGACCCUUCAGAAUGGCCAAGAUGUAAUGCCGCAUUAGCAGACCUUAAAGGUCAUGCCCAAAAGAAAGCGAAAAGCAUCAUGCGGACAAACGAAAUGUGGAAACCACACAUCGAACGAUAUCAUUGGAAUAGAUAUCGAACGUGGUUGUCAUGUGUAGAAAGUUUUAUAAUUGGAAGAGGCAGAUGGCUAAACCAUUGGUUGCAACGUGUCGAGAAAGGAAUCCAAGAUCCUCUCGAUCCGGUAGCAACAGAAAGGAGAUUUGAACGAGAGAUAGAAGAAAUGACCGAAGAAGGAGAAAUGUGGGAAGAAGCGAGGGUUGACCUUUUUUGGGACUUCCGUGUGAACCACAUGUAUAAAGGUGAAGGGAGAACGAUCAUCUUCCCGGCAGGACUUGGUACACCUGUCUAUGAAUCACUGGAAGUGUACUACAAUGCGAUAAAAGAUGGAAACGAAAAACAUUCGAAAAAUAUUGGAAUAAAUUUGAAGAGGAAAUCCCCAGAUUUGAUGUAAAAGAGAUGCGAGAAUUACAGAUAACCCGGAAAAGAAGAUUACCGGGAUUAAUGCAAAAGAAAAAGGUGACCUUUGCACCAGAUCCAGAUGGAGUGGACUACCCCGAACGAGGCGGUGAUACAUGGUGCAUGUAUGAAACGAUCCCAAAUGAUGAAUGGGUCACCGAAGAGCUGAUGGCAAACUGCAUCUUUGUUGGGCCUAAACGACCUAAAGGUUACGAAACAGUUCAACAGGAUGAAGCCAAUAAAGGGACUGUCAAAGAAGCAGAGAAAGAGGAACCAGUUCAAGAGAUAGUCGAAGGAAGAUCGAACGAAACGGAAGAAAGUUCAAAGUCGGCUUUCGACAUUGCACAGAUGUUAACGGACAGGGGCGAAAUGUGGAAGAAGUUUAAAGAAGAAGUUGAACGAAUAUCCAAUGAACAGCAAAACCCAGUAACUGAGGCAAAAAACGGGGAAAGGUCACUCGAUAACGGUGAGGAAUGUCCGCCGGUCGAGUUGACCGAAAAGCCAUUAACGAGCCUUGAAGAAAUAAAUGAACUGGAAAAGUCAAAAUCGGACGAAGAAAGGUCAAACUCCGAUCAAUCAGAAAGGUCACCGACGAGAAUUCGGGUAGCAAGGAGUCACCCGAGAGUAGCCGCACGAAACGGGCGAAAGGCAAAAGAAGGGGACAAACCCCUGCUCAAAAAUUUGAAAGCGAAAAAACUUAGCGAUUCGCGAGAAAACGAAAGUGACCUUUCAUCAGAAGAUGAAGGAGUUGAUGAGCGCCCACUUGAAAAGGUUGACAAAGGUCAAGCUACUGCACAAGAAUAUGAGAGCAGUAACUCCGACUCCGAGUGGACGAGUUCAAGCGAUAACUCAACAACUUCGGAAGAUUCAGGUGUAAGUGACCUUUCGGAGCAAGAGGAUUUAAUGGACUUGGAUGAAGAUGACGAAGUAGAUGAGGAAAAAGAAAAGGAUAUUAAAGUCAGAAGGUUGAAAGUGGAGAAAGCUAGAAUGUCGAAGGACGUGAUCAAAGUUUACAGCGAUCAGCGAAUCAAAUUGAAACCGUCAAACUGCACACGUGUAAAGGUCAAGAUGGGAAAAUAUGCACCGGCUCAAAACAAGCUGAUGUUUACACCGGUCCCACAAGUGGAAACUGAAGUGCAACCGUUGGCAGGAGUGACGGACCACAGGGGAAAAUACUUCGAAAUCGUCAUUGCCAAUCAUAGCAGUAAAUACCGGAUUGUGAAGAAAAAUCAGCUUCUUGGCUACGUUGAGCCGUACGAACAUAUGGAAAAUGUAAAGGUCAACGCCGGGACAGUAAAGAACGUACUCGAGGACCCGGAGGUGGACGACACAACGAAAGCUGAAUUGAAAAAGAUAAUUGAAAACUUGAAAUUGGGACCUGACCUUACCGAAGAGCAGAAGAACGACGUGUAUAACGCGUUCUGGGAAUUCUGGAAGGUCUUACCCACAUCAAAGAAACCAUAUGGAGAUGUGAAAGGGGUCACCCAUGUAAUUGAUACGGGAGAUGCGAAGCCAGUUAAAUGUAACCCGGCCAGAACGAGUUGGACAGGCCGCGAGUUUAUAACGAAGCAUAUCGAAGAGAUGCUGGCACAAGAUGUAAUUGAACCGUCAGAUGCCGAGUGGAGUUUUCCAGUCGUGCUGGCAGUAAAGAAAAAUGGCGACGGAACAAUGGGGACAAGAUUUUGUGUCAACUAUAUCAUGCUUAACAAGCUAACGAGAAAGAAUAAUUACCCGUUACCAAAUCCGGAUGAGUUGCUCGACGCGUGCGCAGGCAACAAAUAUUACGGAAAAAUGGACUUACAAAGUGGAUUCUGGCAGAUCCCAAUGGAUCCAGCGUCAAUCAACAAGACGACCUUUGUAACACAAGAUGGAAUGUACCGAUUUAAAAGAAUGCCAUUUGGCGUAUGCAACGGACCAGCAACGUUUCAAUUGUGUAUGGAUAAAGUACUUUCGAAAGCGAAAAGAAAGGGUUGCGUUUUCGGGUAUAUCGACGACGUGAUCUUCGCCGGAAAAACUUGGGAAAUUUUCAUGCAGAAUCUGCGAAAUGUUUUAAUGAGUCUGGUGGAAGCGGGAUUCACGAUUAAGCCAACGAAAUGCGAAUUUGGAAUGAGACAAAUGGGAUUUCUGGGUCAUAUACUCAGCGAGGACGGAAUUCGUAUGGACCCGGAAAAGGUCACCGCGGUCUCCGAGUUCAAACGGCCUCAGACUGAAAGACAAUUAAGGUCAUUCCUUGGACUGGCGAACUAUUAUCGCAAAUUCAUAAUGGGAUACGCACAGAAGACUUCCCACUUAUAUGAACUGCUGAGACAAGAUAAGCACGUGAAAAAGGACUGGACGGCAGCACAUGAAGAAGAGUUCAAUAGUUUGAAGAAGUUGUUGUGUGAAGGUCCAGUACUGGCAAAGUUUGACCCCGCGAAACCGACCGUUAUUGAAUGCGACGCGAGCAAAGAGGGAAUCGGAGCCGUACUGUCACAAGAUGGACAUCCGAUCGCGUACGCCAGUCGUGUCCUACAUGGAGCGGAGAAGAAUUACGGUGUAACAGAAUGGGAAUGUCUGGCAGUCGUGUUUGCUGUCAGAAAAUUCAAGCCGUACAUUGAUUAUGCUGAAUUCACCGUAAGGACGGAUCAUCAGGCGCUCACCAAUUUGUUAAGGUCAGAAACGAAUAAAGUUGGAAUGAAUCCACGUUUGACAAGAUGGGCAAUGGCGUUGCAAGGUCACCAGUUCAAAAUUGAAUAUAAACCGGGAAAGUACUGUGACAAUGCGGACGCGUUAUCGAGAGCACCGAUCGAAGGGCCAACGUGUCACGAAGAAGAAUUUGACGAAAUUCCGAAUUUCGAGGAUUACAAGAAGGAGUUUGAUAUGAAGGAACCAGCAAUUGAAGUUGGACAGCUAUUCCUGCAGAUGGUGGAACAGAGGGAGAAACGAUUAAAGGUCACUUCAGCUACGGCGAACGAGUCGGCUGAAAACGAAGCAAAAGUGAACCGAGUGAGAAGCUGGUUGCCCGCCGUUAGUGACUUAAAGGUCACCGGACUUGACGCGGAAUCUCAAAUGCAGAAUGGAAAGGUCACGGGACUUGAUGAUAGAGCGGGGAAUAGAGACGACCUUUGGGAAACGGACAAAGUGGCACAAGCGUUGAACGAAUGCCCAAUCAAACUGUUGAGAUUCCCAAAACAGGCGAAAAAGCGAUAUAAACCGUUACCACGAUGCAAGGUCAUCAAGGAUUGGAAUGAACUCAGUACAGCGACAGUUCGCAUUGUCAACCUGCAAGGUGACGAAGAAGAGGUUGAUGACUCAAACUUGCAAUUGCGGAAUAAACAGUUGAAAGAUCCCCAUCUGGCAAUGAUCAUAGACGAAUUGGAACACCUACCAGACGCGGAAACAAGAUCGAAAUUUGAAGUGCAUUACCAGUUAUGGAAUGGUAUAUUAUACCGAGUAAAGGAUAAAAAUGGGAAACUUGAAAGGUCAUAUGUUGUACCGUUGUCAAUGCGAAGAGCGAUAAUCCACGCAUUGCACGAUGAGAAGGCAGCAGGACAUUUAGGAUUUGAGAAGACACUGACAGCGAUUCGACUCCGAUAUUACUGGGACAGGAUGAGUACAGAUGUGAAGAAUUACAUACUCGCCUGUCAAGGAUGUCAGUUUCGUAAAACACCGAGGAAAUGCCCACCUGGAAAAUUGCAAGAGAUUAAGGUUGGACAUCCGUUCUUCCGAGUGUACGCUGAUCUGAAAGGACCGUUGCUCCCAACGAAGAAACGCGGAUACAAAUACAUAGCGGUAUUCAUCGAUCAACUGACGAAAUACGUGAUUGCAGUACCGAUGAAAACGGCGACGGCCAAGGAAUUCGCUAAAGUGUUCGUGAAGCACGUGAUAUUGGUACACGGAGCACCGCACAUCCUACAUACGGAUCGCGGACGACACUUUACAGCUGAAGUAUUAGCAAAGGUCACCAACGUGUUUAAGAUUAAACACACAUUUGGAACCGCAUAUCACCCAGAAGGUCAAGGCCAAGUUGAAAGACAGAUGCAGACGAUUGCGGAUGGCUUGGCGCAAUACCUGAAAGCGGGAAAUGAAAGAAAGUUUAACAAGUACCUCCCAUAUGUCAUUUCAGCGAUGAACAGAGUCGUACACGCCACAACGGGAUAUUCAGCAUACUAUAUGCUACACGGCAGAGAAAUGACAAUGCCGGAAGAUGUGGUUACGAAAACGAAUAUACCCGAUGAUUAUGGGACUCCAGACGAAUGGGUGGAGACCAUGAAGAAGAACUUGACCUUUGCAGAAGAAGUGGCACGGUGUAAUAUUAAAGACGCUUAUGAGAAGAACGCGGAGAUUUACAACAAGAAGAAGUCUGAGCCGAACUUUAAAGUGGGAGAUUUUGUAUUGAUACGGCUACCAAAGGAUACGAAACAAGGGAAAAAAGAAAACCAAUCGGACUUUAAGUCGAAAUACGAUAAAGUUUGGAAGAUUCUCAGUUUCCCGCGACCAAACGAAGCCGAGGUCAUUGAACAGAACCCGAAGAAAGAAGCAGACCUAAAAGUAGUCUCCAUUGAUCGCUUGAAACCAUGGCAUCCGCCAUUACCCGACGAGAAAAAUUCGCAACGAACGUUGAACGAAAAAGAAACGGAAGAAGCCGAGCAUGCUUCGAAAAAUGGUACCAAUCAAUUUUUCGAACCACCUCUGCUACCUGAAAUGGAGAAUGCUAGUGGAAAAGAAGACGAACCAGAGCGGAGUCCGAAAAAUGACUCAGUUACACAACAGAAGCCAUUUUUCGAACCACCUCCGCUACCUGAAAUGGGAGAAGGUCAAACGAAUGGGUUAAACGGAGAUAAACCGAAACAGAAGCGAGGAAGGAAAAGGAAAGAAGACAAAGACUUUGAAACUGCAGUCACAAUUAAGUUGAACGCAGAAGCUGGUAAUUUGGCAGAAAGGUCACUGGAAAAAGAUACCGAAACGAGUUCCAAAGUACCAGAGCGUUCCUCCAAAAAGGACCUGCAACAAUCCUUUUUCGAACCACGCACUGCUACCGCAGAUAAAGAUGACCUUUUGAAACAGCGAACGGACGCUGAGAUAUCAGAGCGUGACUCGAAUUUUUUCGAACCACGCACUGCUACCGGCAAUGAGAAUGACCUCAUAAAAAAGAGAAAAGAGGAAAUAGAGGCGGUCAAAUCAAAAGCCGAACAGUUGGACCGUGAUAUAGCGAAAGCAAUCGAUGAGAGAAAGGUCAAACAGAAGAAAAAGAAACUAACUCCUACAGAAUUGCUGACGCAGAAGGGUGAAGUUGAAGAUGCCGCCGACAAAGAACUUCUUGAUAGGAUAACUAAAGGACGCAAAAACAAGUAACCCACAUAAAUAAGAUUAACGGGCGUUUACGAUGUUAAGAACGGGAGUUGGGAAGGAGUAAAGGUCAUUCGACGCAAACCAGCGAUCGUUUUCGUUGCUAGUGGAAAGGUCACCAUACUCCGACAAAAAAGACAUCAAGUUGAAAGGUCACUAGAAUCCGACUGCGGUUCAAACAGAAACGUCAAAAGGUCAAGAGAAUUUGGAAAACGCGGGAAACAAGAAAGGUCAUCAGACUUGGACUGAAUCAUACGGGAGAAAUGAAAGGUCAAUCGAAAUGAAAGGUCAAGAUACUGCGAAUUCAACAGAACAGCGAAAAGGUCACGGGAGGCCGGAAUCAUCAGAGAGGUCGAAAGGUCCUCAAAGUAGUCAGAACAGUCAUCACAAGGUCAUCGAAGACGAAAGGUCAUCAAAAACUGUCGUCCAGUUGAAAGGUCAUCGGACUCUGAAUGAAGCACAAAAUGAAGUGAAUCGUCAAUUGAAAGGUCAAAGUGACGGAAGAGGUGCAAACGUCGACUGAAGCAAAACCGGAGCAAGUGAAAGGUCAAUCAAAAGGUUAAGAGACUCUGGCAGAAAUCCAAAUGGAACAGCCAAAAGGUCACGAAAGAUCUGGAUCAGCAAAAAGGAAAGGUCAUCAGACGAGAUUGUGAAGCCAGAUCACCGAAAACCAUAAGGUCAAGUGACCGAUGAACCAAAGGUCAAGCGCAAAUGAACUCAAAGGUCAAAUGUCAAAUGAACAAAGUGUCAAGUGAAAGGUCAAGUGACAGACCAACUGAAAGGUCACGGGACUUUGACAGAAAAAGACGAACAGCCUAAAGGUCAAGAGACGUCUGGAACUGUGGCAGGAGAAAUUCAAUUGAAAGGUCAGGAGAUUACGGAAAAAGGGGAGAAAGAAAAGGUCAUGCUCCCAAUGGAAAAGCGGCAGUAGAGGUAGAAGCGGACUCCGCGCGACAGGUGCUUCAAAAAUCGUUGUUUACACCGUAAAAGACGCUUCAACGACGGAGAAACCGAAAGGUCAGGAGACUCCACUGGCGCCCGAGAAAGCGAAAGGUCACGAGACUUUGUCUCAAAAAGAGAAGACUGACCAACCGAAAUCGGCUCAGUUGGCGAUAUUGACAAUUGAUGAGAAACGGAGCCAAGAAACAAACCCAACGGACUCGGCAUCCCCCUAGAAACUGGAUACAUGCGGUACACCAGCGAAAGACAUCCCGGAGUACAUACUACCGGAACAAAACAAAAAUGCGUGGAGAAUGGUCAUAACUGAUGCCAUUGGAUAAUAUGACGACGACAUGACCUUUUGAGUACAACGCUGUCGACUUCGAACUGGAAGAACUUUGUACUCGAAUAAUGGCGAAGAGAUCAGAAACAGUUGAAUGUUAAUUAAUUAUCGAUGGGGCACUAGAACUGGUGUAAACGUCAAAAACGUGAAAGGUCACCAUGUGAGAAUGAGCUUAAUAAUGCAGCGUGAAAAGGUCAUCACGUUAAAGUACUGAAAAGGUCAUCAGAAGCGGUUAUGAUGGUUAAGUAUAAAGGUCACGUGACAUAUUUACUUAAAUUGUAUUCGUGUAUUGUUUGUUUUCAGCGUUUAUAGCACAGAACCGCAAAGGAUAAAGAAAUCAUGUGGAGCAUCGAUUGGGGUUAAAAUUGAUUCGGUCUACAAAGCCGGCCCCAAGGGAGUAGUCACGGCAAUCAGCCGGCUCUCCUUCUUAAGCGACUCAGUGUUACAAAUCGGCAAGAGAAAUUACGGUAAUCAAGCCGGAUCUCUUGAAUACGAAAGCGGACCACAAGCGGCGAAAAAGAGAAAGAUAACAGGUGGAAAUAUUAAUGGGGUAAACUUGAUGCGGCAGUCAGCCGGCCUCAUUAGAGUUGCCACGGUAAACUAUGCCGGCACUCUCUUUAAGCGAUUCAGUGUUAAAAUUAAAACGAGAAAAACUACGGUAACCAAGCCGGAUUUCUCGUAGUGAUGUUAGCCACAAGCGGCGACCAAGAGUAAAAGAUUAAAGGUGGAAAUUUCAUGGGGUAAACUCAAUGCGGUAACUAGCCGGCCCCAUUAGAGAUGCUACGGUAAACUUGCCGGCACUUUGGCCGCUCGAGGCAUACUGAAGUUGGAUGUGCGACGCAAAGGUCAAAUCAAGUUUUUACCAGGGAGGCAAGCGAAGAAGUGCUUGAAAGCCGCAGAUAAUUGGCUAAGUUCCUCCAUGACCUUUAAUGGAAGUUUGACGAAAAGUCGGAUGACCUUUGGGAUCAUCAAUUGCCCAACGAGAGUCACCGUAAUGGAAUGAAAGUCGCAUGACCUUUGGGACCAUUAACCCAAAACGAGUCGCACAUCUCAACGGAUCAUCUUAACAAAGGAUGACCUUUACUAGGGAGGAAGCGAACUACGCUUGUCUUCAUUGACGUCCCUCCAUGACCUUUAUUGAAUCUCAUUUUGAAGUCGUACGAAUGAUACGCACCAGAUUCCAAAGAUUGAAGCAGUAUUCCUAAGUCGUACUUGAUACGCACCUGAUUCUCAAGCGGAUUGUGAUGGAAAGUCGCAUUAUGGAUGCGCAGGAUUGCUCAACAGAGCGGAAUAGGCCAAAGUGCGGAAAACGGUGGACAGGACCUGUGACCUAUACGAGUCAGAAAUGGAGGAUCCUAGUCUACUUUUGAUUAAUACUUUUGUUGAUCUUUUAACUGUUGAUCUGUUUUGUAUUAGAUUUGAUAUGGAAUAGUAUUUUGAUACAGAUCUCUUUAUUCACAUUGUGCAUUUGGAAUUAUGUGAUAAAUGGAAUAAGAGAAUUUGAUGUUUUCGAGCACGCACAGACACUGGCGACCGUCUUCUCGUGGAUUCGGGAGUGUGUCCAGCCUCACAGGAGCUCGGCAUCCCCCCAGAGGCAUGUGAGACCGGGAUCACUAGCGUUCACGUCAGUGGCGCUAGGCGCUACGCCUUUGGAUUAUGGCCUGUGUUGUGUCUCGCUUCUGAUUGGUUUAUGUUUUGUUAGUGGGCGCGGCAUAGCACGUGCUGCACAGCGUUGCACGCUGUUGAAUGGGCUCCACGCUUUACGAUCGAGCUGCGCCGAUCAGUGUUGAUUUUCUGUUGAGCAGAUUUGUCAAUAUUAUUAAAAGUCAGCGAUUACGGUGCGACGUUUUGUGUUUCCGCAUAGUUCGCGAACCAUAUCGUUUCGCUCACUCCACAGGAUAGAUUCCGUUUCUGUCUCCGUCCCUGGAUCCAUUCUGGAUCUAGCAUUAGAUGGUGGUGGUGGCGCAUUUCCUGGAAUCUAGCGAUUGCGAUAUAUCGCCCGUCGAACAUGAGCAACAUUCAGUUUCCUGCUUGAAGGCGUACCGCAGCUAUUUUAUUUCUUUGGAUAUACUGUAUUUGGUCAUAUUUACUGUGGAAUACGUCCUAAAGAUAUGGGCAUGCGCCAAAGACGUGCGUUUUUCUGCUAAGUUUUAAGUCGAUUUUGGAUGUGAUUUGUCUCCUAAUUACUGUCCUGCGACUGAUAUGGGGUACUGAACUCAACGAAUACGAGUUCGUUGGAAUAUUUUCUGCUCUCCGUAUGCUUCGCGCCUUCCGGAGUUUUAUGAUAUCCGAAGAUUCAGAUGAAUUUAAACUGAUUAAACACACCCUGCGGAACAGUAGAAUGGAACUGCUGAUGAUAUCUUAUAUGCUAACCCUUACCAUUGCGAUACUGUCUACAGUGGUAUAUCAUUGUGAGAAGAAUCAACCGGAUACGGUUUUUACCAGCGCUAUGGCCUCGUCCUGGUUUAUUUUGAUAACCAUGACGACCGUAGGAACUUUUAGGUACGGCGAUAUGGUGCCGAAGAGCGCCAGCGGAAAAUUUUUUUCCGGAAUUUCCGCAAUAAUUGGUUCGUUUGUAAUGAACCUGUUCGUGCAAACGAUAUUUUGGAACGCAUGCAAGGUUUUCAGUCUCUAUUGUCGUAUUAACGAAGAACGGAAGGCAGAG